GCUGUAUUGUUGGUCUGCUACUUUCAUAUGAUUACUAACCUGGAGCACCGUUUUCGUUGCUCCUCAUCGACAUCCCAUACCCUAAUUGAACAAUUUUGACAGUUCAAAUUUCCAUCACCACUAAAUUUCUAUCUGGCACAUUUCGAACUUAACACAUCAUGUAUAAGCCCGUUGCAAUCAUCACAGGCGCAGCAUCUGGCAUCGGCCUCGCCUUAACCAAACACCUCAUCGCCAAAGACUGGCUCGUCGUAAUGGCCGACAUCAACAGCAAGCUCGGCACAGAAGUCUCAUCUUCACUUGGCAACUCGGUCCUCUUCGUGGCAACAAACGUCUCUAUCUACUCAGAACAAGCCAAAAUGUUCUCCAAAGCAUUUGAAUGGGGUGGUGGACGAUUAGAUUUUUUUGCAGCUAAUGCUGGGAUCGCGGGAACUCAGGACUUUUAUCAGCAGAACGAGAAUUUGGAUGAGACUGGUGUGCCGAAAGAGAUGGACCUGACGACGCUGAAGGUUGAUUUGGAUGCUGUUGUGCAAGGUGUUUGGCUGUUUAAGCAUUAUGCGAGGAGUAAUAAGGGGCAGAAGGGUGGGAAGGUGGUCAUUACUUCAUCGAUGGCAGGACUGUAUCCAAUGGAAUCCGACCCUCUCUACACAGCAGCUAAGCAUGCGCUCGUAGGCUUCACACGAGCCACAGGAGCUCGAUUCCAUCGCGAAGGCAUCACUGUCAAUUGCAUCUGUCCGGCAUUUGUCCCGACUGGUUUGGCACCAGAAGAGGUGCUUGCAAAAUUUCCAAAAGAGCAUAUAACGCCAAUGAGUACACUUAUUCGAGCAUACGACAUGUUUUUGGACGAUUCAAGUUUAUCUGGCAAGGUUGCUGAGACGAGCCUGGAUCAGGUGCAUUUCCAAGAACCUCCAGAAUUCUCUAGUGAGUCUAACCGAUGGUUGGCAACGGCGACGAAGGAGCUUUGGGAGUGAGUGAAACAGAUGUAGUAUAAUCACAAAAAUCAUGAAUGAGAUAUAUUGAUAAUUUUG